GAAUUUACAUCUCUCUGGUUUCUGUGGAGCAAACAAAAAUCAAAUAAACAUUGAUUUUUUUUAAUCAUCCGAAUGAAUCAUCAAUAUGUCCGCUGCUCCUCUUGGAUCACAUGACAAUGACGUCAUUUCUUCCAGCCGGGUCCGUGCCCUGUUGGUGUUAGCUGACAGGCGGCUAACCAAACAAGCUAACGGCAAUUUAGCUAAUUCGAGCUAAACUACUUCCUCCUUCCUCAUCCGGCAGCAGCCACUCCGAGCCAGCUGGCGAAAGGACCGGGUGCCCCGAUGCGUUUCCCGCGAGGAGGAUGGCGGCCGCACGAACGCUCUGAGACUCCACCGCCUCCUCACCACUUAGUCCACCAUUAUGUGUUAAUUUGUUUUACGCUGGCGUCCUAUGAGUUAGGCGUGACAAGACGGUAGCCAGAGGUUCUUGUACCGUGCGGGGCCGACGACGGCAGCGAGACCUCACCACCCUCUCUCGCUACGGCCGGAGGAUGCUGAAGCUUUUCGGCGCCCUGGUUCUCGUCGGACUGGCCCUGGCGUGCCUCACCUCCUGGGUGCUGGACAGCUAUGACACGGCUUGGCACCCGAAACGGAGUUUACGAGACCGGGGAACCUUUCCCCCGUUUCCCGGGGACCACCUGGAUAACAUAUUCUGGUUUGUACAGGUGUCCGACAUCCAUAUCAGCCGAUUUCACGACCCGAGACGGAUUCCCGACUUUGAAAAGUUCUGCACCAACACCAUCGAGGUGAUCAAGCCGUCACUCGUGCUUGUGACAGGCGACCUGACCGACGCCAAGACGGAGAGCAAGGUGGGCUCUCUCCAGCAUGAAGUGGAGUGGCAGGCGUACCACAACAUCCUCAAGAAGUCUGGCGUGAUGGAGCGCACGCGGUGGAUCGACAUCCGGGGAAAUCACGAUGCCUUCAACAUCAUGUCACUGGACAGUGUCAACAACUAUUACCGGAAAUACUCGGCCAAUCAGAAGGUGGGCUCCUUCCAUUACGUGCACGCCACGCCCUUCGGAAACUACUCCUUCGUGUGCGCCGAUGCCACACUGACGCCGGGACCCAAGAGGCCGUACAAUUUCUUCGGGAUUCUCAAUCAGACUCAGAUGGACAUGCUGGACACGUUCAGAGCCGAGAGUCUGAAAAGCAACCAGUCAAUCUGGUUCGGCCACUACACCACCUCCACUAUCGUGUCGCCGUCUCCGGGCGUGCGGGAGCUGAUGAGAUCGGCCGUGGCCUACCUGUGCGGCCACCUGCACACGCUUGGCGGCCUGAUGCCCGUCCUGCAUAGUCGGCAUCCUCACGGCACGCUGGAACUGGAGCUGGGCGACUGGAUGGACAAUCGCAGGUACCGGGUUCUGGCCUUUGACCACGACCUGCUGAGUUUCUCCGACUUGAGGUUUGAAAAGUGGCCGGCGGUGGUCAUCACCAACCCCAAGGAUGCGCAGUACAUGCAUCCGGACCUGGAGCCGUUGGACCGAAUCCGGAGGUCCACGCACAUCAGGGUUCUCGCCUUCUCUGAGGCUACCAUCACGGUGGUGCGUGUCAUUGUGGACGGCGAGGCGCUGGGUGAAUGCCACCCUGCUGGCGGGCCCCUGUACGUGCUGCCCUGGGACCCGUUGCGUUACCUCACCGGGCUACACACCAUCCGAGUCGAGGUGGAGGACUCAUUGGGCCGCAGCAGUGCGCGGGAGCAGCAUUUCUCACUGGCCAGGGACGGCGUGACCCCGAGCUUCGGGUUUGCGCAGUCCUUCAUCCUGCUAACGGAUCACUACGUGGUGGGCCGGGCGAUUUUCGCCAUCACCAUGCUGCUCAACGUGGGCUUGCUGUUGUCCUUCAGGUUCAUGCGCCACUUCCCGCUUGGUCGAGCAGGGUGGUCCUCGCAAGCUUGCAUGUCGCUGCGGCUGGUUAGUAAGGUGGACCACUUCUUCUACUCCCUGCUGCUCUUCAACCUGUGCACGGCUUUAGGGCCGUGGUUCAUCGGCGAGCUGAUUGACGGCCACAGCGGCGCCUGCUUUGCCUUUGGGGUGUUUGUCAACGGACACUUCCUGGAGGGCAGCCUUACUUACGUGGUGGGCGUCAUUCAGCUGUUAUUCUUCAACAUGCCGCUCACCUUGUACCUGUGCUGGAGCCUCCACCUGCGUUGCCGCGGCAACACCUUCCGCUCGCUGCUGCUGCGCCCGGGCUGCCGCUGGCGGUGCCUGGCGGUGCACCUGCUCAUGCUGCUGCUGCUGGCCUGGCAGGCGCACUCGUGCUACUUCCUGCUGGAGACGUACGGCCUUUUGGCCUUCCUGCUGUCGCCCGUGCGCACGUGGGCGCUGGGACUGGGCCUGGUGCUGGUCUACCGCGCUUGGACCUGCCCCAUGCCCUCCUGGAGCUCGGUGGCAGGCGGCGGCAACGGCAAGAGCGUCUCGCCGUCCUCCUGACAGUAAAAUACCACUCUCGCCGCAAUCACCGUUCACCUCUGUAUUAUUUACUGCAUUAUGCAUGUUUUUCAAGUGUAACGCACCGACGAGCACAUUCCUGUGCUGUUAGUGUACACCCAGUGGUUCUCAAACUAGGGUCUCUGGAAUCUGGGUCGCUGGGGGUUCUGCAAAAUACAAUGGUGCCAAGGGAUACAAGUUGAAUCCAUUCCGUUUUUUUCUAAAUCAUGGAAAAUAGAACUCUAUAAUAUACUUCAAAACAGAAUGAUAGAAUCAAAACUUGUGGUUAAAUAGAAUGUAAAAAAAUUGAAACAGUUUGUGCUUCCUGAUUGAAUGCAAUUCAUUUCCUUGUGCUGCUCCCUCUGAUGCGCACGCCUUGGCCUCCGGGUCGUACAAAACGAAGAAGAGUCGCUCCUUACUCGCAGUGACUCAAUUAGCUUCAAUAUGAUUCGCCGUCUUUCGCAGAAGAUGAAGAAUGUAUCUUUGGACAUUGUGGCAACUGAUGCUCAUCAUUAGCCCGUUUAUGGCGUUUUCCAUUAUGUGAUGACACCCCCCCAAAUAAACCCUUCUUUAGUUAACGCCCUUAUGUGCGGUUUGGCAUUCACAAAUUCAUCUCUUUGUAAAUUUUGGGAAGGGGGACCUUAAAAAAAAAAAAAACCUUACCCAUUUGCUUUUUUUUGUGAAAUGAAUUUGUUAGCCUGAUAGUAUGACAUGUUUUCCCCUUGAAAAGAAGCAACUUUUUCAUGAUGGCAGUCAAGGUUCAAUUACCGUUCGGAUAUUGAGGUGAUCAUUGGAGAAAAAAAAAUUGUCCCCUGUAAUGAGGCCCUGGAUUGAAAAUAGUUUGAGAAGCGCUUGGUGUACACGAGUGGAUAAAAAAAAGAAAAAAUAGAGACGGUCACCCAUGAGCUGCUGUGAUUUGUUUACUUCUGCACUUUGUUUUUCAAAGUGUUGCCUUCUCGUCGCCACUGCCAAAGGACUUCAAAUAACAACUGCAACCACUUCCUGUCAGAUUAUGUCGACUCAAAAACGUUGCCAGUAUUUCCAAAAGACGUUACAAACUAGAUUUUCUGACGUUUUUAUGAAAAAGGGAAGAAUCUCAAUUGUCUUCGGGAUUGCGAGGAAUCUACGUAGAACGUAUGUUAUGUUCUUCAAUUUCAUGCAUUUAUUGAAGAUGAAAUUGUCUUCAGUAAAAUAAUAAUAAUAAUAAUAAUGAAUUAUUCAGUGAUAUGUAAAAAUCGCCCAUUAGGUGAAUUUUAAUUCAAAACUAAAUUGGCUUGAAAAAAAAAAAAGAUUUUGAAUUCAGUACAGACUGAAUUUCCUGAUAUUUUUACAAAAAUCUACAUCAAUUGUCUUCAUGUGUUCACUCAAAACAGAUGUGACCCAAAAAAAUAGGUAUGUUCGAUUCAACCAAAAGCAACAUUUUCAUAAAUGUUUACAAGAACAGGCUUUACACCUUCGCUCAAGACUCCCAAGUUCUGGUUAAUGGUUUCAAAAAUGUCUCAGACAAAACCACAAACACAAUUUUUUUUUAAACGCAAAAGCUCACAGUCUACACACUAACGAUAUUUGUUUGCCGUUUGUAUCAUACUUUCCCGUAAGUGUAGUACGGCCCUCAACAGACCAACUGACGUCCGCUCGUGGUGUGUUCAAUGGCGCUCGGCGGAAGCGCUUCUUCCGACGUUUUGCUAUCAUAUCAGCACUGAGCUGUUGGGAUUCUCAGGAACGCGAGUGUUAGGACGCACACACAAUCAAAUCUCACGUAGUAUUUCAGGACUUUUUUUUUUUUUUUUUUUUAUUCCGCAGUAGCUCCGAACAAAAAUAUCACAACAUCCCUAGAAAAUCAACGUGUGGUGGCUUUAAAUUGUGACAAAAAUAAAAAGUGAAUGUGAUAUAGCUGUGAAAUGAACCUCUAUGCCAUUUUUAUUUUGAUUUAUGAUAAUAUGGUGUGAUCUCCCCUCAGUACCACCAUUUCACCGCGGUGGGUAAAAGGCAUCCCGUUUUGCAAAGAAACAAGUACCCACCAAAGGUGAAGGCAUCAUUUACGAGUUAUACUGUGUGAUUUUCCCCUCAGCCGCCCCCAUUUCUCUGCCACCGGCAUUCGAUAUUAGGCCCUGCAACUUGCAAAAAAGAAAGGCAGCAUUUUUUAAAAUUACAAUCUAUAAAAUGCUAUUCCCCUCCGCAUCUCCAUUUCACUGCAGAUGUAGAAAAAAAAAUCAACACAAGGCCUCCUUUUUUUGUGUGUUUUCCCCGGCCCUCCCAUUUCACUGCAUCUGGCACUGAAAACAAAAAAGUACCUUGAGAAUGUGAAGACCCCAUUUGUGAAUUAUUGAUAAUUUGAUGCAAUUCCCUUCAGCACCACCCUUUUCACUGUGUCCGGUACUGGAAUCAAACAAACAAAAACAAA